AUGGUAUCUCUGACCGGAAACAGUUUUGAUCCUGACAAGGACAUUCCUGAUCUCACUGGCAAGGAUUACAUUGUAACAGGCGGCUCUGCAGGAAUAGGCUUCGGCAUUGCUGCCCACCUGCUCCAGCACAAUGCAAACAGUAUAACCAUCCUAUCCAACAAAGAAGAGCACGCAACCUCCGCCCUCGAAGAACUCAAGGAAUACGGCGACACCAACAGAGUACACUGGACAAAAUGUGACCUGGAGGAUCUGAAAUUCGUUGACGAAGUAGCCAAUAAAUUGGCGCAAUCCCAGAAAAAGAUCGACGGUCUCAUCCUCAAUGCCGGGCUGGGCGUAGGCGUCUACAACGAAACCAAGGAUCGUCUCGACUCACAUUUCCAAGUCAAUCAUCUCUCGCAAUUCCAUCUGAUGCUCAAAUUACUCCCCAAUCUGCGCGACACUCCCAACUCCCGCAUCGUGCUGGAAUCGUCGGAACUCCAUCGCGGCUCCAACGCCGACACCAAAUUCGAAAACGAAGCAGAGAUCAAUCGCGACAUUGGGCCCACGAAACUAUACAAUCGAACCAAACUCGCUCAAAUCCUGACAGUGCGCGCUCUCCAGCGCCGCAUCGACGCCGGCCAACUGGGCUUCCAACCAGGUGCGAGAAUCUACGUCAACGCCGUACACCCCGGCGGUGUCGAGACGGACCAGCCUCUGCAGGCAGAGGAGGCAUAUGGCAUGCUCGGAGUAAUUGGCCACAAACUCAUCAAGCCGUUCAUGAAGGAUCCCGUCUCUCAAGGUUGUCGUCCGGCGUUGUUUGCAGCCACAAGCAAGGAAGUCGAAGAGCAAGGCAUCACUGGCAAGUAUAUCGUGCCGGACAAAAAGGUCACGGACCCGAGCAAGGAGGCUCAAGACGACGAACUGGGUGAGAGACUUUGGAGUCUCAGCGAGCAAAUAAUCAAGGACAGACUAGGUGCAGCGUGA